AUGGCUAUUUAUCGAACUCGUACACAUUUUGAUAUUGAUACAUCAAAAUAUGAACAUGAAUAUAUUAUAAAUAAUUAUUCCAAAGUAUUCAGAUAUUUACAUAUAGAAACACCAGAUUAUGAAAUACGAAAUGAAGCAUGUAAAUAUAAUUUCAUUAUUGAACCUGGUCGUAGACAUAUAUUAAUUAAUGUUAUUAUGGAAUUUCCAUUAAUAUUAACUGAAAGACGUUGUUUUGAAGUUAUAGCUGAAUGUUAUAAUGAAAUACGUACAUCACAAUCAGCAACAAAUAAUUCAACAGGAAAUACUUCAUUAUCAAAUCCAUCAAGAAAAUCAUCAAGAACAAAUAUCACAAGUCAAACAAGUAAAUUAAUAUCUCAUGAUGAAAAUCAAAUUGUUUAUUCUCGUAUACCAGAUGAAGUUGAUUUAUAUGAUAGUGAUGAAUAUAGUGAUGAUGGUUUUGUAAAUAAUCGUCGUUAUGUUAAACUUCGUCUUGAUUUAGAUGAUGUAUCAUCAAUAAAAAAAUUACGAAUAAAAAUAAAAUGUACUUAUAAUAGAAUAUUAUCAAAUGAAUCAAUUGAACCACAAUUAUAUUCAACAAUAAAUGAUCAACAAAAUUCCAUUGAUAAAAAUGAUCUUUCAUUACUUGAAUUAUUUCAUAAUACAAUUCCAUAUGAUUUAAAAAUUGAAAUAGGUACACAAACAUUUCAUGCACAUCGACAUAUACUUAUAUUACGUUCGGAUUAUUUUAAAACAUUAUUUGGAAGUCAAUUUAAUGAUUGUACAAAUAAUCAAUUAAAAUUAAGUGAUGAUAUUGAUAUAAAUGCAUUUGAAAUAUUACUUAAAUAUCUUUAUACAAAUCGUAUUGAACAUGUUAUUCAUGAUGAAUUAUUAUUAAUUGAAUUAUUUAAAUUAUCUGAUAGAUUUUUAAUUGAUUCACUUAAACGUCAAUGUCUUAUUGAAUUAUUAAGAAAUCAUAUUAAUAAAGAUAAUGUUUUUUCAUAUUUAAAUUUAUUAGAUACAUAUGAGGGUUGUGAUGAAUUACGUGAAAAAUGCUUUGGUCUAUUUCAUAAAUAUUCAGAUUUAUUAAAAACACCAGCAUUUAAUCAUUUAGAAAAACAUAAUCCAAAAUUAGCUUUACAAAUUUAUGGCUCAUUUUUCUAA